AUGGCGUCAGCCCCGUCCUUCAAGGAGCUCACGAAAGCUUUGAACAAUUUCCUUCCGAAUGCGACCCUACCCCUACCCCAGGAACUGAUCGAGGUCAUUGAAGGCUAUGUGCAAAAGCACGAGUCGGAUGAAGAAAAUGUGUCGCAAAAAAUCCACGAGGAGUUGAUCUCUGUCUACGAAAAUGACGUGCUUGGACAUCCUUCUCGCUAUGGUCCCUUUCUCAACAUCAUCCGCCGCCUCAGGCCAUUGCUUGCCCAUCCCGAAAGAACAAUAAAGUGGUGGGAGCUUCUACAGCCAUGUCUGGAGCAUAUGAGCCAAGAGAAAGACUUGGCCGAAGAAGGGCAAGCGACCGUUCUGGAUAUUCUCACGGCCGACUGGGGCGAUGAUACCGGUAAUCCAGGAGGCGGUGCGGCCGUACCUCUUGCGGAGAAGAUGCUCGAGUUAUGGUUAGAAGGAUGCGAGGUUGCCGGUCGAGCUGAAGACGCACUGGGAAACUUUCGCGAAAAGCAGGUUCGCGAGACGCUGAUUCUGUAUGGCAAAAAGCGGCCCAGAGACUUUAUGACGAUAGUCGGAAAAUUCAUGGCCAGGAAAGAAUAUCGUGCCAGGACAUUGCAUCUCCUGUCAGACUUCAUCAGGAAUCGCCCUCCCCAUCUCUAUUUGAUCCUGCAGACACCGCUAUUCGGCAACCUGAUGAGUUGUCUUCAGAUCGACACAUCAACCACAAUGAUCUCACUGGCGCUGACCGUCCUGACCAUGGUACUGCCUCAUCUACCGAGUUCUCUUGUGCCACAUUUGCCUACGCUGUUUAAUAUAUAUGCGCGGCUCUUGUUCUGGGAACGAGAACUUUCUGCGACAGAGUUUGGCCUCGACCUAACCAUGGACAGACGGUUGUCUUCAUUCGACGCAUCAUGGGAGAAGAUAUCGUACAGCCCAGGGUUUGACGAGACUGCUAUCCCACAGCUUUUGAACUACUUCACGAUCCUAUACGGUCUCUAUCCGAUCAACUUUAUGGACUAUAUACGCAAACCACAACGAUAUUUACGCCAUGCUGAGGUCUUCAACUCGGACGACAUUGAAGUACAACCUACGGAAAUUCGGCAUGCUUCAGAACAGUUUCGACGAUGUCAUGUGCUCCAUGAGAACUUCUAUACCCUCACUAUCGACUCGGAAAAAACCGACUUUGGCAGAUGGAUCAAGAGCGAACCCGCUGAGGUGGUGGCAGACUGCAUGGCUUUGAGGCAACCAUUCGAGUCGGGUCCCGACCUGGUGAUUCCCCAUAUCAAUGGUGUCGAGCAGCAUGAGCUGUCCAUCAGAGCUGACGCUGACAAGGAUACUCCUGAGGCUGCUUUGCUGAGUAGAUCGAAUCCAAUGUCAAGUUUGCCCUUCCAGUCACCCCAAGGCGAAAGUUGGCGCAGCACUCAGACUAUACCUGUUGAAUCUCCAAGCAGUAGUAGAGUUCAGUCUGCCAUUUUCCAGCAUUCUUCACAGAGCAGUCGACAGUCGUUUCGAGACUCGUCGAGCACCAGGCCUUCAGGGAAAGCAAGUGACAGUCCUACGCUGCCUCCUGUCGGCUCAAGCACAAACCUGCAGGACAUGCUCAACUCUAAUAAAGCGAUCAAGUCCAGCUUAAAUCAGUCGCUUGGGAAUGACAGUGUGCCGUCUCUGGCCCUGAGCCACCAGGAAUCCAUUCCAGAUGGUCUACCUUCAGCAGCCAAGCCAGUUCAGGCUACAACAAAUAUGACUACUUCGUCUACACUCGAAGAUAAGGAUGCUCAAAUCAACCAUCUCUACCGCCAAAUUUUGCUGCUGCACAAUGAUUUGACAUUUGAGAGGUUCAUGAAGCAGCAGCAUCUGACGCACAUGGGUGAAUUGCGGCGCAAGCAAGUCAGAGAAGCAGCUUCUGAAGCCGAAACCCAGAAUCUCAUCAUGGCAAACAGACAUUUGAAAAAGCGUCUAGAGGAAGCCAAGAAAAUUGAGACACAAGUCAAGAAGGAUUCUGAAAAGAGUCGCAAUCUUGCAAAGAAGUGGGAGGCGGAUCUUUCUUCCAAGCUCAGGAACAUUCGUGAAGAGCAGAAGAAAUGGCUUGCCGAAGGCGAGACCCUUAGGGAAGACCUAGCCAAGGCAAAGGCCGAAACGAACGCUCUCGUCAAGCUCAUGUGUGAUGUCGAGGUGAAGGAAAACAACCUGAAGCAGCAGAUUGAGUACAUUGAAGCAAGCACAGAAGAGAUGGAACGACUCAAGAGGGAAGUAAAGCGAUUAGCAGAAUCCGAGCGUAAUCUUCAGUCCCAAGAGGCCCAACGUCAAGCCGCCAUGACGCGCGCCGCUGCUGCAGAUGGACGAGCUGAGAUUCUGCAAAAGAAGCUAGACGCACAAGACAUUGAGUUUCAGCAGACACGAGAUCUCUAUCAAUCGCAGAUUGCGGUGCUCAACGCCAAACUUCAAGAGGCUUUGCAAAACGGCUCCGAACGCCGGGCCGAGAACCUCAAAGGGCACAUAGAAAGUGUCUUGGCCGCGAGCAGAAGCCAACAGGCAGAGUUGAACAAGAGAGUAGCGGAGCUAACAAAGAGGAACACGGCUCUCAACGCUGCCAUACUCGACUUGCAAUCACAGCCUCUGGUGCGCACUCUGUCCAAUCCAUUGCUAUCGCGCUCUCCGGAUUCCGACACGCCAGCCGAGAAUGGCGGCAGCCCGAGCAGCUUCUUCAGCAGCCGCAACCGACAACUCCGGGGCUUCUCUGACCCCGAAACUUUUGAUGCCACCAGGACAUCUUACAACCAAACACCCCCGUUAGGAGGUCAUGUUGAAGCUCUCGCAACGUCGUCGUCGCCAUUCCGACCAUCCACACCAUCAGGUACCGAGACAUCAGGAUCAACGGGAACGGGGCCUGGAACUGGAGGAAAGGCUCCGCCGAUCCCCAUCGUGGAGCGAUAUCAUGGCAGAGGUAAGCCAACAAAGCAACUCACUGGAUCGAGAAGCUCCCUCUAA